AUGAAGCUGAAGAUAAUUCCUCCACGGCGACCCGAUAUCGUGACCGACGACGAGAUUGUUGCCGUCGAAUUACUCAUGAUGCUUGCUUCCGGCAAAGACUUCUCUUCGCCACCAUCCGAUUCCCAAACCACCAAUUACUCCCCUGCCGCCGCCCCCAAAAGAAGUGAUGCCGCCUCCGAUCAGAAUCGCCCAGUUAUUAUUUGCAGAGCCCACGAGUGUUUAAUAUGUCACAAGGUAUUCUUGACGCGGCAGGCGCUCGGCGGCCACAAGACCACUCACCGGAAGACGAUCAAGUCCUCACACGGCAGCCCCCCUAGCAACGCCCCCACCCCCGCCCCUGCCCCAAAGACCGCUCCGUUCGAUUACGACAUAGAUUGGAUUAAUGUUGAUUAA